UUUUUUUCGUAAAACAAGGGCGGAAUGGAAAUUCCACGACGUUCAUUUGUGUUGAGCGAAAAUAAGGGUAAAGAACGAAGAGCUUUUGGAUUGCAUAGCGGCCACAUCAUUGAAGAUACACGUGCGAUAUGGGAUGUGGAAAACGAAUCAGGAUCAAAUACAUAUUUUGUUUACUUCCCAACCAGAGCUGCGUACAACGUUUAUAUCUGGCUUAAUACCCAGUUGCGUCACGACACCGAUGGUGACUCACGGGUACUUGUCACUCCCACGAAAGGCGAAGCAGCCGUAUGUCAAGGAUGCAUCUUACUACAAGAUGCGUUCGUGGAAGACUCACAUUGCAAUCCAAGCCUCGUCGAGCGUAGCUGUUUUAGACGAAAUGAACUCACUCGCUCAGAAGAAGGCCAGCUCCGUACGACAGUCUAGAAUGAGAUAUC